UGAACAUUGUAAAAAGUAGAAGAACUUUGCGGAACUGAAAAAGAAAUAAAUUUAAAAAUAAACAAAAGUGUGAAAAAUUAAGGAAUUAUGUCUUGUGUGAGCUACAAAACAUGAAAAUUCAAUCAAUUGCCACACCCGGCGUGAAUAUGUAAACUGUGAAUGUGGUAUAAGCCUCAUCCUUACGGCAAACAAUUCUUGUAACCCGCAUAAAUUAAACAAAAUAAUAAAAAAAGUUCUCAAUCCAUCCUGAUGUAUACACAUCUUUGUGUAUUUUGGUGCUGUUCACAUUAAUUAAGAGAAAAGAAAGAGAACAAAAAAAAAAUCAUGAAUUUGUGAUGAUGUAAAUUAAUUAAAAUCGCUGUUAUUUCGUUAAUGAUAAAUGACGUUGAAAUGAAAAUUAUGUGGCAUGUGUAGAUAUUAAACAUCUAACACCAGCAUAAUCAUCAUCAUUAUCUGUCUAAGCAGAACAAGGAUAUUGACAGACGUUUAUAGCUCAUGUAGAUUGCCAAAUAUGAUUGCAGAUUGUUUUAAUAUCAAAGGAUUUUUAUCAUUGAAAUCAUGCUGUGUUUUAUACAUACUCUUUGGUUUAUUGCCACCAAAUACUAGAACCCUUCAUAUUACAAACAUUGUUGUACCGCCCUUUGUUGAUGUACGAGACGUUGUUAUGCUGUCCUGUAGCUAUAAUCUUGGAACACAGAAAUUAAACUCAGUAAAAUGGUACAAAAAUGAUAAAGAGUUUUAUAGGUACUCUCCACUGAUGCCAGCCCAGCAACAGUACAUGCUAUUUUCAGUAGAUGGUAUCCAUGUGGCAUCCGAUCACAUGUGCAAUGAGAAGUUCUGUACGAUACAUUUAGACAAUUUAAGUGGUGACACAUCGGGUGCCUAUCGUUGUGAAGUAAGUGGAGAUGCUCCAGAGUUCAAAUUGACACACGAGACGAGUAACAUGACGGUUGUUGUUCUGCCGCAAAGUGAUCCAAAAAUUGAAGGAAUCGAGCGAAAUUAUUACGAAGGUGACUUCCUAUUUGGCAAUUGUACAUCAGACUUUUCAUUUCCACCGCCAAUAAUGAGUUGGUAUAUCAAUGAACAAAAGGCUGAUCCGAGUCUACUGCAACCCUCUCAAGAGACCAUUUUUGAUGCUUACGGUUUCAAAUUGUAUCAACGUAGUUUAGAAAUUCGAUUUAGAAUCGACAAAAGAAUCAAUCCGUUCAUAACAGAUGGAAAAAUUCACAUGAAAUGUGUUGCACAGAUGCGACAAAUGCCAUCACAAUUACGUGAAUCUAAUCAUAUACUGUAUGUGUCGUCAUGGGAUGACUUACGCAAUCAAAAGUUAAUUAAUUGGAGAAGCUCAGCUUCGCAACUGCAAUCACUAAAGAAUGUUUUCCUUAUCCUGAGCAUCAUCAUUUGUGUCAGCAGUAAGUUAUAGUGUAAAUAAAUGGAACGCUCCAACAUCGAUGAUAUAGAAUGAUAUUAAAAAAAUAUUAUUAAAUUGCUGUAAAUAAAUUUACUUUACUUUUUUUUCUUUCUACACUUACUGACUUAUCUAACGAUGUAAAAAACAUGUGUUACAUAUAAAUUUAAAAAGAGCAA